AGAAAACUAUACAAACAAUGUAUGUACAUCUGUCCUGCUCCCAUCCUAGUUUAUUAAUAAUCUUCAUCCUAAUUUUGUCACCUCUCUAACUUGCUAAUUUUUUCAGAUCUGUUUCUAUGAGACUACAGAGUUAACUUAAAAAGUUGGUGCUUGCCUACCUGUACCUUGUGCAUCGCUGGUGGUGUGGAUUUUUAGUCUGUUUUAUUGCUGAAGAUCCUCCAAGUUCUUCUAAGUAGUAUAAAUUCCAGUUUUCAAAGUCAGUGUUUCUUUGUAGACUUUCUCCUGGCUUUCUUCCUCAUCCUAACAACUCCACAUGUACAGAAUGUAGUAGAUGCACUCAUGGGCUUAAUGUGGUUCCUGCAACUUGGUCCUUUACUCAGUAGUAAGUGUAUGCUAUAAAUUCUUUUUCUGUUUCCCCCUUGCCUUUUCCUUUUUCUGAGCCUUAUGUCACUGGUGUGUCUCCUUAAUUCUGAAAUACUGUAAAAACUGGAGUGAACUGUGCGCUUCUUAGGUUCUACAGGCAGCGUGAUUUUUUUUUUACCUGAGUUUAAAAUUGUGAAACAUCUUUUUCUAACUUUAUUUUCAAGAGGUUAAGAAUUUUGUGAGUAUGAAGAAGGAAAGCUUGUCACAGAACACGCACAUACUGGUAAUCUUCUGCGAGCGGCUGUCCUGGUGGCAGGGCUGUAUGCUCCUCCUCAAACCCGUUGACGCUUUCUUAAGGGUUCAGCCUUUGUGCAAAGUGACGAUGCUCACGUUUAUGUACACCUGGUAGUUUUUUCUCCUCGACUCUUUACCUCGCCCUGCGCCCCGGCCCAUAGGCUGGCACGUCUUGUUUAGAGCCAGUUCGGCAUCCGCGCAGGCGAUGCUCCUGGUUCCCGGGCCUGCCGUGUAUCGCCAUGUGCGCUGGUGCCAGCCUGCCGUCGGACGUGCUCUUUUGACUCCUGUGACGUGAGGGAGCCGGACCCCCCGCCCCCGUCGUUAGUGGCGUGGUCGCUGUUGAGCGCGUUGUGACAGCAGUUUCGCCGGGGCUGGCGCCGGGGACAGUGGGCUCCCGCUAGGCUCCUGCCGCCUCCUCCUCCUCGACAGCUCCGCCCCGCGGCGCACGGGUCUGACGUCAGGGCGGCGGCGUUCGGCGGGCACGCCAUGGCUAUCUGUCAGUUUUUCCUCCAGGGCCGCUGCCGCUUCGGCGAGAGGUGCUGGAACGAGCAUCCCCGCGGCGGCGGGCGGCACGGCCCCUCUGCAUCCCAUUACCAAGGUACUAGCAGAGGAGGAGGAGGAGGAACAACCGGAUUGCGUACCACUCACCAGAGAUACGCUAACGUUAUCCAGCCAUCUACCUUUAAGUCUAAUACAUGGGGUGGCAGCAGAGAUCAUGGAAGAGGAUUUUUUGGCUCCUCUGAUUUUGGAUCAUCAGGUGGCAGCAGCAGAAAUGCAGACUUUUCACAGAACAAAUUCUCUGCAUUAAUGAACAGUCAAAAUAUUGCUGAUGGCUAUAAAGAUGAAGACCAGAGACUUCUCGAAUGUGUAGCGAAAGACAUGGACAUUUGGGAAUCUUCAGGACAAUGGAUAUUUUCAUGUUAUUCACCGAUGAAAGAAAAGCCAAAUGUCUCAGGCUUUCCAGACUUCUCACCAGAAGAAUUGCAUCUGGAGUAUUAUAACUGCAGAGAAAACAAUAACAUUCAGCACUAUAUAGAUUCUGUCCAACAGUUAGCAACACAAUGGAAAAAUCGGCUGCUUCAGUUGAAGGCUUUAAAUGCAUCGACAAAAGCAGCUUUGCUAUCUGAAUUGAAGAACACAGUCACUCAACCAUUGCCUGCCUUUGGAUUUGGAGGACAGCAAACAUCAAGCUUUGGGUUGUCAAGCUUUCCUGUGAACAGCAGCAGUACCACCACUAGCAGUUUCUCCUUUAAAACCAGUUCCAGUCUUGUCACUGCGUCAUCUGGAAACGCCCCUGCUUUGGGGAGCUCUGCUGCUGCUUGCAAUCCUCCUGCAGUUGCUGUGACGACCUCUCCCAGCGUAUCCCAUUCUGCUGGGUUUGGCAACCCGAUGGUGGCUCCGUCUGCAGCUUCCUUCUCAUUUAAAACUUCUGAAACAGCCAGUGGUUUUGGAACUUCUGGGUUUUCAGGGUUUGGCAAUUCUUCUGCUGUGAACUCUUCAAGCGCCACUCCGCUUACAGCCCUUGGAGCUACUAAUGCGGCAGUAGCAGCUUCUUCCUCACAGUCAAGCAGUACUUUGCCUGGACAGACUGCCAGCACCUCUGGACAUAACAUCACAUCAGCAUCUUCUGCAGUCACAAACAAUACUACUUCAGAAAAGUUAUUUACACCAAAGAGCGAAUUGUCAGCUGAAGAGUUGAAACAAUUUGAAGCAAAAAAGUUUACAUUGGGAAAGAUUCCUCUUAAGCCACCACCGUUAGAACUUUUAAGUGUUUAGGACUUAAAGUUUAUUAUGAAAUAACAUGGUUUUGUAACUUCUCUGAUACCUCAACUACACAAUUUUGUGGUCGAACAAUGAAAUAAAAUGUUUCCAUGUGUGAGUUAACUUUUUGUUUUAUCUCUAAGUCUUCUGCAAUAAUAAACUCAUAGGUAUAAACAUUU